GGAAGCUCAGAAAAGACCGAAAGUCCAACUUCUCUUCCGCAAUCCGCCGCACUUCCGCCCCGACCCGGCGGUGUGGAAUCUCGCAAACACUUUGUUUCCUCCUCCUCCUCCUCCGCCGCCUCAAAUGCAGACUGUCCCGAACCCCGUUGCGAGGCCGACAACAAGUCCGAUACAGAGGAUGACUUUGAACUGAUUGAGGUCAAUGGCAAGCGUGAUGGCAGUGGGCCUGAUCUCAGUCGUCAGGUGGCGCAGACUACACCACAGGUCUGCCAAAUGGAGGAACCCUAUGAGUACCUACCCUCCUCUGAAUGGGCCACAACGCUACUGAACGCCCUGUCUGAAGACGAUAAGUCCAUCAGUUCGAGGACAGGGGAUUCGGAAUCUUCCCAGCGCCCCAUAAUUUCAGAGACAGUUGGUGAGGCUUCCAAGUCUGCCUCCCCCACUGACGCUGGUGCUCCCCUGAAAGCGAGCACGCCUGAUUCAAUCGUCUCGACCGACAAGACCUCCCCAAGCAAGACUAUUGGAAACGGCUUAAACAAUAACCUCAAUGCAGGUCCGAUUACCGUUCGAGUAUGCACUUUAAAUUGUCAAAGCCGUGAACGGCACUGUGACAGACCAGAAACCAACAGGAGUUGUCCCAAGAUCUCAAAGUUAACUCCAGUAGCUGGCAUGGCUAGUUUACCGCAUAUUAUUCUGGUUCGUGAGUGCUGUUAG